AACCCGUCCUCACGAUCGAGGGGGAGGAUUAUAGUAUCUCAUGGAGUCUGGCGAAUUUACCCAGUGGAUAAAGUGAAGUUUCCGAUAGACUAGGCGGCUAUCUUUAAUCUACUCUAACCCUCUAUGUGUUGGCUUCUCUGGCUUCACAAUAAGUGGAUAUCAAGCAUUUUCUGCUCGCCUAUUUCCUCAAGUGAAGAUGAUGACGAUGAUGAUGAUGAAGAUGAUAAUGAAGCGCAGGACGGAUCCGGAGAGGAUACCGGGAGCCUAGGGAUGACAUCCACACACUCUUGUUGAAUGUGGAUAUCGAUGCCACGGCGAAGGAUGGGCCCUCUCCUCUUGGCCGCCUUCGUCCUCCUGCUGGCCCCGAGCCCCGUGUCUCCGGCCUCGGUGGGUAACCCCGAGGAUUACGCUGCGGACGAAGCGGAGCGGACCGCCAGCGAUAACAUCGUCUUCGAUGACUACCGGGGGAAAGGAUGCGUGGAUGACAGUGGCUUCGUCUACAAACUCGGGGAGCGCUUCUACCCGGGACAUUCGAACUGUCCGUGCGUGUGCACGGAGGACGGGCCUGUGUGCGACCAGCCCGAGUGCCCCAAACUGCACCCCAAGUGCACAAAAGUGGAGCACAAUGGAUGCUGCCCCGAGUGCAAGGAGGUUAAAAACUUUUGCGAAUACCGGGGGAAAACGUAUAAAAUUCUGGAAGAAUUCAAGUCAUGCCACUCAACCUUACAGGGUUCCCCAUCAGAUGAGGAAGGGACCAGUCCGCCCAGCAUGGCUGCCGGAGUGCCUCAGGCCUCAGCACAGCUGCAAUCAAGAACCAGGAUAUAUAGGCCGUCACCCUGUGAAUGGUGCCGCUGCGAACCAAAUAAUGAGGUGCACUGUGUGGUGUCCGACUGUGCCGUCCCAGAGUGUGUCAACCCUGUGUACGAGCCGGAGCAAUGCUGCCCCAUCUGUAAAAAUGGUCCAAAUUGCUUUGCUGGAACAACGAUCAUCCCAGCCGGAAUUGAAGUGAAGGUGGACGACUGCACCAUCUGCCGCUGCCACAACGGAGACUGGUGGAAGCCGGCGCAGUGCUUGCGGCGGGAGUGCCUCAACGGCCAGUCGUUGUCAUAGAGAGACUCCACUGGGGAUGGUGGAAAAGCUCAGGCAAGGCCCUGCCUACUGCACCAUUUUGUAUGAUUGACAGGGCAGGAGCACAAUUCCUAAGCAACCUGAGACAGCAUAGUAUCGAAGAGACGCUCUCACAAGCUUCACACACACAUAAAAUUAGCCACUGGGAAGAAGACGGAACAUGUCUCAUGGCUGUUUCCACCCUCCAGUUUUAAUCGUCCUAUAUAUUUUCAGAAGUUGACUUGCUUGACUUGCUGCUUUCACACAAAAAAAAAGUUUCUAAGCUCCUUGAACUUUUUCCUAACCAUUGGCAAUGUUGAAUUGCUCAUGUUGAUUUCUGUAUGUAAGUCAUCUGCUUGUUGUACUCGUCUGUCACAGUCACGCAGGUGUUGUAAAAUUCCAGCAGCAGGAAAAACAAACCGUAAGCACACUUAUCAGCGCUUUUUUUUGCCAUACAAAGAUUGACACCAGUGAAAGCACUGCAAAGGUUUGCUUGAGUUUCACAACUUCACUCAAAGAGCUUGUUUACAAGAUGCACAUCACACAUAAAUGUUUGUGUCUUCAUAAGACUUUUUAUCGCUAUGGCAGGAACUCAAGUCUAACACUUAAACGAUGCUACUGUCGAUUUUAUAAACUGCUAUGAAACUCCAAAACGCUGAGUUUAUUGAUCAACACACCAUGGAUUUGAGUCAUGUGUCUAUAUAGCAGCAGCACAUGGAGGGAAGGUUGCUACUGUGGAAUUAGCUGAAAAGCAGGGAAGGCAGUAGCCAGAAAGUAGAAGAGAGAUAGCUGUAAAAUUCUGCAGUACUGCAUCAAAACAACAACUCUGGGCAGCCCCUUUUCCGGCUUAAUUGUCGUUAUUGUUUUCUCUCAGAGGUCCAUAUCCUCCAAAAUAUUCCCACUAACAAACUGCUUGAACUUAUCAAAGCAAUUAGCGAGCCAAGAGCAGCCUGCUUUAAUUUCCCUUAAUCAAGGAGUAUUCUGUGAUAAAUCAUCCAGCUGGGUGCUUGGCACUGCCGCAGCCUGCAUGCUGGGAACACUCAACAAGAACCAGCAGACAAAAGGAGGGAAUCUGCAUACAUCUAAAUGCUUUUAAGCAGCAUUCACAUGCACAUUGUCCAUGUGAGCAUACACAAGCAUGCCACUCAUCCCACAAUCUCAUAGCCACAGUAUGUUGAUCUGCACACACCCAAGCACUUAAACCUGUAAGGCUUGUUAAGAUACAAAGCUGUAAAUUAUCCCACUGUUGUAGAUAAUGUGAUAAAUUUUCAGUUCCUCCACUCCCCGAUAUGUUAGAAUAGCUUUUUCAAUGUGGUGUGGCUAUGGCCAAAGCUAUAACAUGGAGACAAGCUAAUGUAUUGCCUUGAUGUUUUUUCAGACCUGAGUGGUCCUCAAGUGGUCCAGUUUGAAAGAAAAAAAGCACCCAACCAAGCCCCAAAACACGAUAUAUUUUAGAUGAUAAAUACUAGUCAUUAAUUCAGAGGUGAAUUCCAGUAAGCUCAUGCCAUUCAUCACCAGAAUUUUUUCCAUUUCCAGAAAAGCCAUUCCUGUUAACCUUUUAGACGCUAUUCCUGGGUGGUGAUGGAUGGGCUGCUUAAUAGCAGCUUCCAGCACUCUGUAAUGAGACAGAAAUGAACAUAGGAUAAAGACCAAUGACUGAAGAGGUAGAUUACCUUAAAAGGCACUAAAACUCAUUUUUGGAAGAAUCUCAUAUUCUGCAGUGAGCUGCAUAGUCUUAAGCUGUAGCAGGUAGCAGAUGGAGAAAUCACACAAUUAAAAGAGUAUGAUUGGAGUUCACUGUAAGGCGUAACAAUGGCGUUAGGGUCAUUUUCAUCAUUAAGCUACAGUGAUUUAGUGUCUUUCAUUGUGAAAAGACAGACCUCAUCUAUCUGGCUCGAGGUCUACAGACUCAUAAAACAAAACUGACAUCUAUGGUUUCCCAAUUACAGCCUCGGUGCUCCAGACAUUUUAAGAUUAAUAAAAAAA